AUGGCUCCCUCCAAACGCAAGAAGUCUGCUGCUGCUGCUAACGCUGCUACUGCUGCUGCUAUGGAUUCCUUGCCUGGCAACCUCAAGUCCGCCAACCCCGGCCCACGCCGUUCCGCCCGUCACCUGCCCGAAGUUAACCCCGUUCCUGUUCCCGAAUCGGGCGCCACAAUGUGCCCGGCCCCCGGCCAAGAAGCAACCGAUGAGCCCUCCGCAAAGCGCCGACAUGUAAGCCGCAACAAGGUCGAGGCUUUCCAGGAGGGCGUGCGCAACGCUGUAAUAGAGCUCAGCGAGAUGGAGAACCGUCUACAAAACGCCACGAGAACGUCCCGCCUGGCCGUCGAAGCGAGCUCUAUCGCCCUCCGCAGCGAUGCCGGCCGAUCGGAAGAGACUAACUUCCGUCCCCGGCUGAAAACGAGACCAACCGACCCCGAAGAUCGCGCCCGCAAGGACGAAGAAGAGCGAUCCGGCACCCCCAAUAUGGACGCCGCCCCAAUCAAUGGCCCCGAUGGCGAGGCCGCCAUCUGCGACGUCGAGGACGACAAAAUCCGUGAGGAAGACGCCCCCGAGAGGGGUGCAGCACGAGAGCCCCCCGUCAACAGCGCAUAUUUGCCUCUGCCAUGGAACGGCCGAUUGGGUUAUGCUUGUCUCAAUACAUACCUUCGCGCUGCUAACCCCCCAGUCUUUUGCUCGCGGACUUGCCGGAUAGCAUCCAUCCUGCAACAUCGCCAUCCUCUCGCAGACCCGAACCAACCUGAACACGCAACCAAAAAUAGACCCGACGAUACCCAGCCCGCCGAUAUCCGCCGCGGACAGGAGUACGUCCAGGAACUUGGGUUGGCGAAUGCCAGGGACAUUCCCAAAAUGCUUCGAUGGAACGACAAGUACGGCAUCAAGUUCAUGCGCCUCAGCUCUGAAAUGUUUCCAUUUGCCAGCCACGAGGAAUACGGCUAUAGUCUCGCCCCUUUCGCUGCUGACGCUCUUGCCGAGGCGGGCAGAGUGGCCGCCCAGCUCGGGCAUCGGCUUACGACCCAUCCGGGCCAGUUUACGCAGCUAGGUUCGCCUCGCAAAGAGGUCAUCAACGCCGCGGUCCGCGAUUUGGAAUACCACGACGAGCUGCUCACGCUGCUCCGCCUUCCCGAGCAGCAGGACCGGGAUGCCGUCAUGAUUUUGCACAUGGGCGGCACCUACGGUGAUAAACCGGCCACCCUGGACAGGUUCCGUACCAACUAUGCCAAAUUGUCGCCUUCUGUCAAACGUCGCCUGGUCCUGGAGAACGAUGACGUAUCGUGGUCUGUCCACGACCUCCUUCCCAUAUGCGAGGAACUGGACAUUCCUUUGGUUCUCGACUUUCACCACCACAACAUUGUAUUCGACUCGAGCCAGCUACGAGAGGGCACUGAAGACAUCACUAAACUUUUCGAUCGUAUUCGCGCGACGUGGACCCGCAAGGGCAUCCGGCAGAAGAUGCACUACAGCGAAUCAUGCCCUGGUGCGGUCUCGCCGCGUGAUCGAAGGAAACACUCGCCGCGUGUACGCACAUUGCCUCCUUGUCCUCCUGACAUGGACCUUAUGAUCGAGGCCAAAGACAAGGAGCAGGCAGUUUUCGAGCUCAUGCGCGCCUUCAAGUUGCCGGGAUGGGACACGUUCAACGAUGUUGUGCCAUAUGAGCGACUGGACGAGCUUCGCGCUAACAAGGCCGGAAAUGCUAAGAAGGACAUCAAGAAGCCGCCCAAGAAGUCGAAGAAGAGGGCCAAGAAUGACGACUACGACGACGAAGACGACGACAACAAAGGCGAUGGCGAUGGCGAGAAUAAGGCGGCAGAGCCUGGGCCUAUGGAUGUUGAGGUGUCGACCAUUUCUCCUGAUGAAUUCGGGAUGGGUGGGCCUCAAAAUAGAGUGUACUGGCCCCAGGGCAUGGAGGAGUGGUUGAAACCCAAGAAGAGAGAGGUGAAGAGGAGCAAGUCGACCAAGGUGAAAGAAGAAGUCGCUUAG